UCGAACGCGGAAGAAUUGUGGGAAGACUGAUACAAUCUCAAAUACUAUACGACCUAUAUAUAUAUAUAUAUAUAUAUUUAUACACAACGAUAUGUCCAAGGCGAUUGAGCUAAUGUCGCUUGCUCGUAACUCUGGCUUCUAUACAGAUCUGUUGCAGAAUAAUAAUAAUUCAUUGCUGGGAUCAUCGAACAAAAACAUCAACAUGAAUAAACUCGUCAAACAGUGGUCUGCUUGCUCGCCGAAUGGCAGUAUCGAGCCGAUUGCAGAACAAAAUAUAAAAUCGGAAUUCAACUUGCGAAACGCGGCCGUGAAUGCGCAAGGAGGACGGUUGAAUAAGCUCGCUGCAAAUCGUUGGUCAGAGCAGGUCGGUUCGGCUGUUCACACUGCGAGGGAUCAAAGUGAUUCGCAUGUUGCAAGCGCCGAGUCGAUGGAACCCGAUCAGGACGAGAAAGGCGAACACAUUCGAAGGCCAAUGAACAGUUUUAUGAUCUGGAGUCAAUACGAGCGACGUCGACUAGCCGAGGAAAACCCCGACCUCCACAACGCGGAAUUGAGCAAGAUCCUCGGUCAAAAUUGGCGAGCUCUUUCAAUCGAGCAAAAGCGGCCGUAUGUUAUGGAAGCCGAACGGUUACGAGUUAAACAUAUCCAGGACCAUCCUAGCUACAAAUACAGGCCAAAACGUCGCAAGCAUCCAAAACGCGUUUGCAAAAAAGCGAUGGUAAAGACGCCGGCGACUUCGAAUGCAACAACAAAACCAAUGUUACAAAAUCUACCAUUAGCAAGUGUGCAACAAAGCAAAGAUACUUCUUGCAGUACGUCGAGCGGAACAGGGUUUCAACCUGCAGCAAAUUUGCACCAAUUCUAUCCAUUAACUCCCGAAGCCAGCCCAAACAUUCCCAAAGAGGGGACGUCGGUGUUUGAUUUCAAUGUCUCGAAACAUGAGCCAAAACGUAUGACAUGCGACUAUUCACUGCCUGCAACUCCGCCAACAUGCAGCCAAGCGAAGGAAGACACUUGCCAAUUUCCAUCGCUAGACUUUAACAUGGACGAUUUUAACCUUCAGAACUACAUAUUCGGCGAGGACAUGUCUGUGUUAGAUCGCACCGAAUUCGACCAGUAUUUAGGCUUUGUAGUCUAAGCCACGAAAUCGUGCAGAAAUUCGCAAACAACUUAAUUUAAUAUUGAAACAUUAAUACUGGCUUUCACAGUUCCUAAUGUAUUCUUGGGUACUGCAUCGUGCGAGGGUAAUAUAACCAAUGCUUCACCCGGCACCAAAGCAAUAAUCGACGAACGAGACAAACGAACUUUCGAGAGGGACUCGAAGUUUUAAUAUACGUCGUUGAUAUACGGCUGAUUAUAUCAGAGUGUAAAUAGCACCUUUUCUCAUAAUGUAAAUAGUUCGGGGUUAUAUAUUCGUACCGUUCGUAAGAGGUUUUGUAUAAAUAAUUAGUCCAUAGAGAACAGUUUGCCGGUUUGUGAUAUGUCAGUAUUAUCGUGUCCUAAAAGGUCGACUUUGAUAGUCCACCAUAAAAUGUACGCGCUUGUUGAACGAGCGGCAUACAAUGAAAAGGACCGGUCUUUUGUAAAGAUUUUGUACUUUGUAUAAAUGCAAACCACGGCGCCCGCUUUCAUCAUAUAAUGAGAAAGUUUUAACUAUACAUGUGUGUGUAUAUGUAUAUAUAUACAUCUAUAGUUUAGUUCAAAACUGGGGUUUUUUAUUAUCACUUUAAAUCGUAAUUUUUUAAGAAUUAAAGCUUAUUUAAAUA